GAGUCGCGCCGGCCGCCCGUUGCUCUCAUUCCGCUGUUCGUCGUUCGUCGACUCGGCUCACUUCGUCGCGAGCUCCGGCUUCUAACGUACGUGUUGCUUGGCCUCCUGCGAGUUUCAAACUUUACACGAACUGUGAAAUGUUCAUCGUAGAUACGUGUUUCUUUGUCGUGUAAUUAGGAACGUGCCGAACAGUAACUAUUAAUCGCGUUUGCAUCAAAGAAGAGGCAUCUUAGAAUACCCUUUGAGUGACAAUUGUUUAUUGGAGUGGACAAGUAAUAACAGUGCUCCAUUAUCUUGACUGUGCAAUUGUUUGUGGAUUUAAAAACAACUUUCUUGGAGAUCCAUAAAUUGAUACUACGGUGUCUACAGCUACAGAGAAUAUAUAAGGUUUCAACAUUGCUGUGAUGCGUGAGUGACAAACUCGCCAUGAUUCGAGAUCCACCGGCCAUGCAUAAACCCGACAACACUAUCACAGGUCAACAGGAUGACAAUAAAUACAGUCGGGGCAGCAGCGUGGCCGGGAGCACCGGCGGCGCCAGGCUGUGCGCCCAAUGCGGGAAAGUUAUCACCGAACGAUUUCUUCUCAAAGCCAUGGAACGGUUCUGGCACGAAGAUUGUCUUAAAUGUGGUUGCUGCGACUGUCGCCUCGGUGAAGUGGGCUCCAAAUUAUACUACAAAGCGGAUCUUAUGCUCUGCAAAAGAGAUUAUCUUAGGUUAUUUGGUGCCACAGGCAACUGUGUGGCGUGCAACAAAGUAAUUCCCGCUUUCGAAAUGGUUAUGCGAGCCAAGAGUUUCGUUUACCACUUAGAAUGCUUUGCCUGUCAACAAUGUAAUCACAGGUUUUGUGUGGGGGAUAGAUUUUAUCUAUGCGACAACAAAAUACUAUGCGAAUAUGAUUAUGAAGAGAGGCUGGUGUUCGCGAGCAUGGCGGCCAAUCCCAGCGGCCUGGCGCACAUCCGCCGGCAAGUCAGUGGCUUACAGUCUCCAAGUGGAGGAUACGUCGGUGGAGUAAGUGGUUGCGGUGGAGGGGCCGCAGUCGGUGGAGCCUUGGUGGACAAGGAUGGCGGUGGAUGCGCGGGUGCAGAUGACGCCUCUAGCGGGUACGGCAGCCCGCCCGACCCUGACGUGUGUGACACUGCACGAUGACCGAUAAUGCCCCGCCGACUUCUCGCUUCGGUGAAACCUCACUGAGUGUUGGCGAGACUCAGAGGCAUGUUGGGGUCCUGCUCCAUCGGCGUACAGCUUCAGCGUUCGGCAGACGUCUCAACUCAACACAAAAUAAAAUAUUUGCGUGAUAUAUUAUUCCUCAAUUAGGAAUACACGCUAGCCAUUUCACUUCAUCUGCAUAUGAAAUAAAGUCCAUAAUGCUUAAUUUCUUAUUUAGUUGAUGAUAAUGGCAAACAUCUCACAAGAACUCAACAAAAUAUCAUCCAUGGCAGUGUGCGGCGAGAAAUCGGCAAGGUGCAAAAUUAUAUUACAUAUAGUAAAGUCUCUGAAUUUAUUAUAAGCUGCAAACGAGAGUCCAUUAGACUAAAAGACAGGCCGUGGAUAUGUGGCCACUAUACAAAAUGUCCGGGAUGAGACGCGAUAACGUUGUUAGAACACGAUAUUUCCAUUAUGUAUACGAUUUGAACACUUGUUUACACGUUAAGAUAGCAGCGUAGCGUGGGUAGGGCGCGCGCUCACGCUUCUUCUGUAUACUUACUGUACCACGUCUUGCAAUUAGCUCAUUUUAUCAAUAUAUUUUUACAAUAAAAAAUAAUAAUCUAAUAUUUGAAUAAGAUCACUUCCAGUUUAAUUUUAGUGGAACACGGUCGUUUAAGAACUUGGUGUAUUUGAUAUGGUCAAGGAAUUUCGCUCGAUAAUGUUACUGAAUAAGGAAAGACUGGUGAUGUUUACUUAGUACCAUUCGCUUUAAUGGACGAAUAAUGACUGUGGCAAAGUGUUUAUAUUCCGUUUAUCUUCAUACAACGAUGCAAGUCCAGAUUCAAAGUAUAUUAUCGAAAACGAUCUCAUUGUUAUGAAAUUGUAUGUACAUAUGUACAUCUAGUAACAUAGAAUAUUGUUAUCAUACAAGGUAUGAAAAUUUACUGUGCAUUAGUUUUCUUUUAUUUAAUAUUAAGGUUAUUUUGUUUACCAAAGAUAAGUUCGCGUUAAAUCGAUUAUUAUAUAAGUACGAAUCUACAAGAUGAGCGAUGUUUGUAGAUAGAUAGUGAUAUAAUUGGUACUUUCAAGUGGUGCAAUGGAUAGUUAAGUACCUCUAUAUUAAUAAUAAAUAUACCUUCAAAUGUCUAAUACUUACAUUCUAAAACCUAUGUUUACAAUUCUGCCAUAGCUUCGGUGAUUGUUCUUCGCGUAUGUACCUAUAUUGUAAAACAGACUUCAUUUUUAGUGAGAAUGCGCUAAUUAAACUUGUUUUCAAUGUAAAGAAUUGAAUUUAGAUGCUAAACUUUUCUAUAGAAUUUUGUGUAAAAUAAAGAUUUUUACGAUAAAGAUGGAUUUAUGUAAAAGUAAUAAAACUGUCGUUACUUAGAGUUAUAUUGGCUAAAAAUAAAAUACUUCAUAAACCAUUAACUACAAUAGAACCAAUAAAACGUUUAGCUUUCGUAAACAUCGACAGAAUAAAUAUUUCAUUUGACGUUAAUGACAAUGUAAAUAAAUAUAUUUAUUUAAUGAUUA